AUGCGAUUUAUUGCAAUAGCAGCUCUUCUUGCUUCUAGCCUUCUUCUUAUUGAGACGACAUCAAUUCGCGAAAAACGUCAAUCAUGUGGCUGUGCUCCAAAAGUUCAACCAAGUUGCUCAUGCCAACAAACCCCUUACACUCAACCACAAGAGACCAGUUGCUCCUGUCAAAACACUGCUCCAGUCCAGACAUCCUGCUCGUGUGCCCAACCAGUUCAGCAACAAACUUACCUAGUGCCGACUUCUCAGUGUGCUCCAGCUUGUCAGCAGUCAUGCCAGAUCCAUUGUCAUUCUGCUCCGUUUGUGCAAGAAUGCCAAUCUUCCUGCCAACAAAGUUGUCAGACUACUUCCUGUUAUACUCCACCUGCUCCAGCUCAAUGCAUGCCACAAUGCCAACAGCAGUGCUCUCAGCAAUGUGUUCAAACUCAACCAGUUCAACAUUGUCAAUCACAAUGCCAUCAGCAAUGUGUUCAAAGAUGUGCUCCAAUUGUUGCUCCUCAGUUAAUCAAUAUCAACUUGGAAGCUCCUGCUCAAUGCUCACAGUGCCAGCAAUCAUGCCAACAACAAUGCGUUCAACAACAAUAUUCAGUUCAACAGUGUAAUCAGCACUGCAACCUAGAAUGCCAACCAACUUGUCAGCAAGCAGUUUCACAAUGUCAGCAACAAUGUGCUCCACAAUGCCAGCAGCCAUCAGCUCCACAGUGUCAGCAGUGCCAAUCUUCGUGCCAACAGACUCAACAGUGCCAACAACAAUGCAUUCCACUAUGUAACCAGCCAUCCGCACCAGCCUGCCAACAAUGUCAGUCAGCCUGUCAAUCUCCAGUUGUUGCUCCACAAGUUGUGAAUGUUAUGCUAGAUGUCUCAGUAGCUCAAUCUGCUCAAUGUCAACCACAAUGCCAACAAUCAUGCCAACAACAAUGCAUUAAGCAGCAAUAUCCAGUUCAACAGUGCAUUCAGCCAUGCACCGUAGAAUGCCAGACAGCUUGUCAGCAAGCAGUUCCACAAUGCCAGCAACAAUGUGCUCCACAGUGCUAUCAGCCAUCAGCUCCACAAUGCCAGCAGUGCCAGAAUACUUGCCAGCAAUUUGCUCCAGUUUGUCAGCAACAAUGUGCUUCACAAUGUCUACAGCCAGCUGCUCCUCAGUGUCAGCAGUGCCAAAAUACAUGCCAGCAAUUUGCUCCAGUUUGCGAGCAACAAUGUGCUUCGCUAUGUCAUCAGCCAUCAGCUCCACAAUGCCAGCAGUGUCAGAAUACUUGCCAGCAAUUUGCUCCAGUUUGUGAGCAACAAUGUGCUCCACAAUGCUAUCAGCCAUCAGCUCCACAGUGCCAGCAGUGCCAAGCUUCAUGCCAACAAACUCAACAGUGCCAACAACAGUGCAUUCCACAAUGUCAGCAGCCAUCAGCUCCCCAGUGCCAGCAAUGUCAAUCAGCAUGCCAAUUUCCAGUUGUUGCUCCACAAGUUGUGGCUGUCAUUCUAGAAGCUUCAGUGUCUCAAUCUGCUCAAUGUGAACCACAAUGCCAACAAUCAUGCCAACAACAAUGCAUUCAACAACUGCAACCCAUUCAGCAAUGCGCAACAGCGUGCACCCAAUCAUGCUCGCAGUCCUGCUCUGCUGCUCAGCCAGCUCAGAUGCCAUGCAUCACUCAAUCAGCCAACUCCUGCUCUUGCCAACAAAACUAUUCUCCGUGUGGAAAUGGGCAGUGCUGCAAGAGAAGAUAA